CUGCGAUCGAUGGCGUUUUCGACGGCGUCGCGUUUGUAGAAGCCUCAGACCGGUAGAAAGUGAGAAAGAAAGACGAGGCAAAGAAAUCGCGGGAUCAACCUCAUGACGUAAGCCAUCACAAGUUGCUCUCCGUCGUCUUGAACGUUGAACGUUGGCCAUUUGCAUCUUCUAACGAACGCUAGUUUCGCGCUACUUCCCAUUCGUUGCGGCGAGAUUAGACGUAACGCUAAGUACCAGGACAUUGCACACUUCCAUGGAAGAAUACAACUCAUCUUCUGCGCGACCUACGGAUGCCCUCUUCCUGGAACGACUAGACGCUUUCUGCCGGGCAGAGGUGAAGAGUUUUGCUGAAAGGGAGAACCGUCCUGUUGACGAGAUCAGGCGUUGCGUCGCAGAGUGGCAUGGCCAGUAUCUAUUUCAACCUCAGCUACCUGAAUCUUUCGCGUCCGCUCAAGAGCGAAUACGCCGCAUUCAAACUGUUCUUGAGGAAACGUCUCGUAUGCUCGAGUCUCUCCGUGCGGUUUCUGGGGUACACUCCUUCAUUCUAGCCGUUGAUCCAACUGACUCGGAGCAUCCUGGAUUUCUCGGUGGCUCCGUAGAGGGCCGGGAGUUCUGGCGCGGUCAGCGCGGAGGAGGAGAUGCUGGGGCCAAAGCGUUCAAGGCCUACUGCGCAAAGCAUCUUCCGGAACCAGGGACUUCUGCUGCCGCAUCAUCACAUCCGACCCACCAAUCUGCGCGUUCAGUCAAGACAGAACUGUAUGAUAAAUUCCGCACUGUUCUGAGGUCUGUUAGCGGAGUCCGUAAUGCGGAAAUGAAAUGGUCCAAUCCUUCUCAGUUGGAGACAUACGGGGUCCGUCUUGUCGGCUGGCCAGCUUCCAUUCCAUCGCAAAAUCCGUCCUCCUUGAAGGCUAACCAGAACAAAGAGCUACUUGACGCAUUGAAAAGUGGUGCAAUACACUUUGCCCGAAUUUUGAGUGGCGUUGAGUAUGCUCAUGAUCGUGAAACCAUUGCGACCGACGAAGAACCAAGCUUUGAAUGGGCAAUUCAGUACGAUCAGAGUCGUCCUUCGCCGGAUGAUGCUCUGGAUCCAGAUGUAGCACAGACCAAUAAACGACGUCGCAUAGAUGACGAAGUUGCUUACGUGUAGUUGAUUUGCCAAGUCCCCCCUUCUGAAGUUGUCCUUCCUCUACCCCACCAUGUUCUCUUCAUUCUUUUCGACAUCUGCACCUGUGGAUCCGGAUGCCCCGACGUUCCACCCGACGUCGUCUGCAGUGUCUCCGGGCGAAGCCUUUGGUGCACUGCAAGCCAAGGACACCGAAUGGCUGUGUUCCACCAGCGGCUUCAUUGCUGAGACUCAGACAUUCUAUACGAUUGGGCAGGAUGGCACGUUCAUGAUGUGCCAGGUGAUUCACUCAUCCGUCGGAUUGUGGUAUCCGACCAUCCAAUUCAACUGCAAGAUCUACAACCCGACGACCAAGGCGACGACCUGGAAGUCGAUCAACGUUUCGAAUUUCGUCACUCCCCCGCCCGGCCACGACAAGCACUCGUGCAAGGCAGACGAGUUUUCGAUCACAUACGUCAAUGCGCCUGAAUCCGAGUUCCCUGAAAAGUACACCAUCCGCGCCAACGUUGCGGCGGACCUGCAGAUCUCGCUCGAGGUGUGCCGUCCGACCGCCAUCCCGGGGUACAAAGUCGGGGCGGGCGAGAAGGGCGGGUACUCGUACUUUGGACCCGACUCGAGCAAGCCCGAGGGCUACGUGAUCCACCGGUUCUGGCCUCGGUACUACGCGACGGGCCACAUCAUUCGCAGCGGUGCGGCUGAGGCCAUCCAGGGCCCAGGUCUUUUGUCCACGCGAUCCAGGGCAUGCGGCCCAACCUUGUCGCGAGCUCUUGGGACUUUGUGCACUUCCAGAGUAUUGACAAGGGCAUCUCUGCGACCCAGAUGCAGUUCAAGACGCUGAACACAUACGGGAGGAAGGGGUCCGAGAACCCCGGCGGCGUCGUCGUCAACGUCGGCUCGCUCGUGGUUGAUGAUAAACUCGUGGCCGUCACUGCCGAGACGCGUUGGCCGGACGAGGAGCUGAGCGCCGAUGCGCCGAUGAAGUCUCGGGCGGCUCACAGCAAAACUUUCUUCGAUGCCGACACGACAUACGACGCGCCGAGCGAGUUUGACUUUGAGUGGGCGGGUACAUCGCUGCUCGCGGACGCGCCUGGCUCGUUCACGGCCAAAUUGCACCUGGAUGUGGGCGACAAUGACGCGCCCAAGGGUCUUGUCGAGAAGGUUGAUUUCAUGGCGGAGAUCCCGAAGGUCAUCAAGAUGGCUGUGAGCUAUGUGGCUGGCACGAAGCCCUAUAUCUAUCAAUGGCUCAACCCCAGCAAGCUUGUUGUGAAUACACCGACUGAGAGUGUGGAGGUCGAGGGUACUGUGUAUAACGAAGCCACUUUCAUCUCUGCGGAAAGCUAGAGAAAUUGUGCAAACGUUAUUGUGUACGAUACAAUCUGAUUUGCUAAUUAUGUACGCUACGGAUAUCUCUCUCAAUAACCAUUACGCUUCUUCUGGAA